AUGCAAGUAAAUGUUGGAAGAGGAGCUUACGCGCACAAUAUGGCUCUCCAGCUGGCACACGAAAAUAAUAUUGACGCUCUACUCAUACAAGAACCUUGGACAUUAAAAGAUCUAACAGCGAAAAGGUCAAUUUCACACCCAAAAUUUGCGCUUUUCUCACCACUAGACGAAUGGCAUACUCGCCCCUGA